AUGCCAGCGCUCCUCACAAGUAACAGUGGCAGGCGGCGACGCACCUCGUCCGUCUCGGACGUUGCCUCGGUCUUGCUCAGCCCUAUCCACAAGGUCCUCCAGUUGACCAAAGAGGUGACAAGCGAGCAAGACGACGCGCCGCUGUUGGGAGAAUCGAGCGCCGCCGCACUGCUGCGCCAUCACAACGCCCAGGCCGACGCAGAGCUGCACAACUUGAACCGUAACCGCGUCGAGCUGCGUAUUGGCGGCAUGACCUGCGGCGCGUGCGUCGCUGCCAUCGAGGGCCAGAUUGGAAACAUGGACGGUAUCCUCUCUGUCCAGGUCUCGCUGCUGGCCGAGCGUGCGGUCGUCGAGUACGACGCCGAGUACGUCGACGGCAAGGGCGAGCCGUGGUCGGACGGCAAGGUCGCCUCUGAGAUUGAGGACGUCGGGUUUGACGCAGAGGUGGUGGCCAAGAGUGAGGUGGCAGCAGUGGAGCUCACAGUGUAUGGGCUCUCGGACGACAGCAUCGUACCCGACGUCAUCAAGGAGACUGCGUUGUUGGCCGGUGUGACAGACGUCUCCCUCGAUCCCCCCUACGACCAGCUCAGCUUCCUGCACACCUCGACCCUCACAUCGCUGCGUGCCGUGGUCGACCACCUGGCCGAACGUUUCCCUCAGCUGUCAUUCUUGCCAGCAUCCAACGCCAACGCUACCCAGCUUGCCAGCUUGCAAAAGCACCACGAGACGCGUAAAUGGCAGCGCACCUUUGUCCUGUCGGCCUUCUUCGCCAUACCCAAUUUCAUCAUUGGUAUGAUGCACAUGUACCUCCCCUUUAUGGGGUGGACACAGUGGAAGCUGUGGACCGGCAUCUAUCUCGGCCAGGUGGUCUGCCUGCUGCUCACCAUCCCUGUCCAGUGCUUCUUGGCCAAGGGAUUCUACAUCAACGCAUACAAGAGCCUCAAGCACGGUUCCGCCACCAUGGACGUUCUCGUCGUGCUGGGCACCAGUUCCGCGUUUGCAUACUCUGUCCUGGCAAUGUUCUUUGCCAUGUUCUCCUCGGACCCAGACUACAUGCCCCAGGUCUUCUUCGACACGUCGACCAUGCUCAUCAUGUUCGUGGCGCUCGGCCGAUACAUUGAAAACUUGGCAAAGGGCAAGACGUCGGCUGCCCUCACCGACUUGAUGUCGCUCACGCCGUCGUCGGCGACCAUCUACGUCGACCCCAAGCACAUCUCGGACGGCGCGCCCACGCGCAAGAUCCCCACCGAGCUCGUCCAGGUCGACGACAUUGUGCUUGUUGUCCCCGGAGAGAAGAUUGCCGCAGACGGUGUGGUUCUCUCGGGAUCCACUGCCGUCGACGAGUCCAUGGUCACUGGCGAGUCGUUGACCGUCACCAAGACGCCCGACUCGCACGUCGUUGGCGGCACCGUCAACGGCCUGGGUACCAUUACCUUCCGCGUCACCCGCGCCGGUGCGGACACCACCUUGAGCAACAUUGUCAAGCUCGUCGAGGAAGCGCAGACGUCCAAGGCCCCCAUUCAGCACUUUGCCGACCGCGUAGCCGGUAUCUUUGUCCCCGUUGUCAUCUCGCUGGCCUUGCUCACCUUCUUUGCGUGGAUGAGCAUCGCCAUGUUCAAACGCCACCUUCCCCCCGCAUUCUACGCACCGGGCGUGUCCAAGGUCGGCGUCUGCCUCAAGCUGUGUAUUUCCGUCGUGGUUGUCGCCUGCCCCUGCGCGCUGGGUCUCUCGACCCCGACAGCUGUCAUGGUCGGAACCGGUGUCGGCGCCCAGAACGGCAUCCUCAUCAAGGGCGGCCGCGCGCUCGAGGCGUGCAAGGGCGUCAAGCGCGUUGUCCUCGACAAGACGGGUACCGUCACCAUUGGCAAGAUGAUCGUUGCCGACCUGUGCUGGGCGUCCGCCCAGGUGCCCGUCACCGAAGCCGGCCUGAGCAGUUCCCAGGCUCUGAGCCUGACGACCGCCGCACCUCCACUCCAGCGCCACACUGUUCUCGCGCUCAUGUCCCUGUCCGAGUCGCGCUCCGAGCACCCGCUCGCCGUCGCCGUCGCGUCGUACGGCCGCGAAAUGAUCUCGGACGCCGGCCUGCCCGCGCCCUCUGGCGAAGUCGUCGCAUUCGAAGGGGUCCCUGGCCAAGGUAUCGAGGCGUUGGUCAAGCUGCACGGCCACGAGGAACGCGUCCGCGUCGGAAAGGCAGAGUACGUCCUGGCCGAAAAAGGCGGCGAGGGCAUUGCGAACCUGCCCCCUCGUCUGCAGCGGUUCAACGCCGAGCAAGGCGAAGCGGCAUGCACGGUCGUGUUUGUCGCCGUCGUGCGUAACGGCGAGUCCAUCCCCGUCCUCGCUCUCGGCCUCAACGACACCCCCAAGCCGACGUCCGCCCAGGCCGUCGCCGCCCUCCGCGGCAUGGGGAUCAAGGUCACCAUGCUCACCGGCGACAGCGAGGCGACGGCCAAGGCCGUGGCCCGCGCCGUGGGUAUCGACGAGGACGAGGUGUAUGCCGGCGUCUCGCCCAAGGGCAAGGCCGUGAUUGUGCGUGAACUGAGCCUCGAGGGCGGCGUCGCCAUGGUCGGCGACGGCAUCAACGACUCUCCGGCCCUCGUCGCUGCGUCCCUCGGCAUGGCCCUUGGGUCCGGCACGUCUGUCGCCAUCGAGGCCGCCGAGGUCGUCCUCAUGCGGUCCGACUUGCUCGACGUCGUCGCCGCCCUCGAUCUCGGCAGGUCCAUCUUCUCCAAGAUCAAGGCAAACCUCAUCUGGGCCACGUGCUACAACAUUCUCAUGAUCCCGCUCGCCAUGGGCGUGUUCCUCCCCUGGGGGGUCCACCUGCACCCCAUGAUGGCCGCGCUCGCCAUGGCCUUCAGCUCCGUCUCGGUCGUGUGCAGCAGUCUGACCCUCAAGUGGUGGCGCCGUCCCGCGACCGCCAUCGCCCCCGGGGAAUACUACGAGGCCGGCGGCCUGUCGCGCGGCUGGGCCGAGACGCGUGCCGGCAAGGACGCGGCGAUCGCCUCGGCCAAGGAGUUUGGCCACCGCGUCGUCGGCGCGGCGCAGCGCAUCCCCGCGCUGUCGUCGCUCAUUAACCGCUCGCCGCUGGCCAGGUUUGGCAGGCCGGCAAUCACCAUUUCGGCAGAAGACUACGAGGCCAUCCCGCUCACGGACGGCAUGAACGAUAGGUCCCCCGUGUAG